GAGAAACGCACACACACCUCACACACACACAGAGACAGAGAAGCACACACACCUCACACACACAGAGAGACUCACACACAACAACAAAAAACACAUUUCCAACACUCACUCAGCCUGCUGCUUUUCCAAUAAGGAGUUGUCACCGUCCACAGAAAGUGAGGCCAGUGAGGAUGCUGUCAUGAGGAGAGGAGGGUGUCCGGUGAAUGGAGGUGGUUCCUGUCCCACUGCACUCCAAGAAGUCUGUCUCCCUGCUGGUCUCUCUGUCUGGAGGGAAUAAGAGCCAAGCACAGCUGGACUGCAUGGGACCACAGCUAGCCUGGAUGGCUCUGGUUGCAACUGGACCUGGCUUGAGUGAAGACCUUGUCUAAGUUGGUCUAAUUUUGGAGCCAAGUUUAGGUGUAGCCCCCAUGCUGGAGCUGGUCUGAGAGGGUCUUUCUGGACCUGGUUUGGAUGGUCAGGAUGAGACCACCUCUCCUGCUGACUGCUGCCUUACUGGCCCUAUGGACCGUUGCCCUGGUGACUGGAGACUACACAUACACAGAUACACACCAAGACAGAGCUGAUGACAGCAACACAGGUGGACACAGAGACACCCAAUCAGACUCCGGUAUAGACGUGCCUCCAAAAGAAUUCCUUCCGGAAACACAGACAGACACAUAUGAUCAACAUCCGGACACAAACCCAGACUCACACCCAAACUCCCAUCCGGACGUACAUGAACACCCAGACAGCCAUCGUAUCAGCAGCGGUCUGAUGCAGUGUGGGGAGUACAGCAACGAGGUGUUGCCUAACGGUCAGUGUCGAGUCACAGCCACGCUGCCUCAGCUCCAACACCAGCGCUGCCCAGACAUGUUCCGCUGCACUGACGAAGUGUCCUACUGGCUGCAGGAGAACCAGGAGAGGAAACAGCAGCUGCAGGACCUCCAGGAGACCAUCUCCCAGCUACAGGAGGAACUCCGUAGUCACAGGCACCGAAUCAAGGUCCUGGAGCUACAGGGUGAGGAGAGGAACAACGUGAACGAGUCUUUAGAGGAGCGUUUCAGAGUGUUGGAGCUACAGUACGCUGAGGCUGACAGCCUGUUGCACACCCAUAGUUCCAUCCUGUUUGAUCUGCAGACUCAGGUCCGGAACCUAACCAUGACAGUGGAACGAGUUAAACGCAACCCCGGCUGCAUGAUCAACAUCGUCAGGACCAGUCCUCUGCUCAGUGCCCAGGAGGCCCUUCACCCAGAGGUGCAGCAUGUGAGAAACUGUCCAAUAGACUGUGCAUCACUGUACUAUAACGGGGUGUAUCGGUCAGGUGUCUACACGGUGGUUCCCUCUCUGAGCUCCCAUCCUGUAGAAGUCUACUGUGACAUGGACACAGAGGGUGGUGGUUGGACGGUGUUUCAGCGCCGUCAGGAUGGGAAGGUGAACUUCAAUAGAGGCUGGCAAGACUAUAAGGAGGGAUUUGGAGAGCUCAGGUCUGAGUACUGGCUGGGGAACGAACACAUUCACCACCUGUCCACCCAGGGAGACUACAGCCUCAGGAUAGACCUGGAGGACUGGACACAUCACCACAAACAUGCCUUCUACCAGAGCUUCAGUAUUGAAGAUGAGGAGAAUCACUACCGGCUGCAUGUAUCAGGCUACAGUGGGACAGUAGAGGACUCGUUUAGCUGGUACCAUGAUAAACAGGACUUCAGUACUCCAGACACGGGGGAUAUCUGUGCUGAGAUCUCACACGCUGGCUGGUGGUACCACCAGUGUUUCUAUGCCAACCUCAAUGGAGUCUACUACAAGGGUGGACGGUACUCCUCUAAAGCCAAGACUCUGCUGGGUCCUGAUGGUGUAGUAUGGUACAGCUGGAAAGAUUCAGACUACUACUCUCUCAGGAAGACCUCUAUGAUGAUACGACCUAGAACCUUCAGACCGCGCCUGUCACCGUGACGACAGACCGUCGGGACCGUGGGAGACCUGCUGAGGUCGCUUCUGACUGGAGAAGACACGAGGAGAACGCUGCAAUGGGAUUGUGUCCAACUGUUCAUGGAGUCUAAGAGAGAGUGUGUGUGCUUUCUUUCUACUUUUGAAAUACUGUUCCCAGGAGCCCUCAGACAAACUGUCCUCCUCUCCCACUGGAGGGACUUACACAAACUGUCAUUCUCUCCCACUGGAGGGCCUUACACAAACUGUCCUCCUCUCCCACUAGAGGGCCUUACACAAACUGUCCUGCUCUCCCACUGGAGGGCCUUACACAAACUGUCCUCCUCUCCCACUGGAGGGCCUUACACAAACUGUCCUCCUCUCCCACUGGAGGGCCUUACACAAACUGUCCUCCUCUCCCACUGGAGGGACUUACACAAACUGUCCUCCUCUCCCACUGGAGGGACUUACACAAACUGUCCUCCUCUCCCACUGGAGGGACUUACACAAACUGUCACUCUCUCCCACUGGAGGGUUUACACAAACUGUCCUCCUCUCCCACUGGAGGGCCUUACACAAACUGUCCUCCUCUCCCACUGGAGGGACUUACACAAACUGUCCUCCUCUCCCACUGGAGGGACUUACACAAACUGUCCUCCUCUCCCACUGGAGGGCCUUACACAAACUGUCAUUCUCUCCCACUGGAGGGCCUUACACAAACUGUCCUCCUCUCCCACUGGAGGGACUUACACAAACUGUCAUUCUCUCCCACUGGAGGGACUUACACAAACUGUCCUCCUCUCCCACUGGAGGGACUUACACAAACUGUCCUCCUCUCCCAAUGGAGGGCCUUACACAAACUGUCCUCCUCUCCCACUGGAGGGCCUUACACAAACUGUCCUCCUCUCCCACUGGAGGUACUUACACAAACUGUCAUUCUCUCCCACUGGAGGGCCUUACACAAACUGUCCUCCUCUCCCACUGGAGGUACUUACACAAACUGUCAUUCUCUCCCACUGGAGGGACUUACACAAACUGUCCUCCUCUCCCACUGGAGGGCCUUACACAAACUGUCCUCCUCUCCCACUGGAGGGACUUACACAAACUGUCCUCUUCUCCCACUGGAGGGACUUACACAAACUGUCCUCCUCUCCCACUGGAGGGACUUACACAAACUGUCCUCCUCUCCCACUGGAGGGACUUACACAAACUGUCCUCCUCUCCCACUGGAGGGACUUACACAAACUGUCCUCCUCUUCCACUGGAGGGACUUACACAAACUGUCCUCCUCUUCCACUGGAGGGACUUACACAAACUGUCCUCCUCUUCCACUGGAGGGACUUACACAAACUGUCCUCCUCUCCCACUGGAGGGACUUACACAAACUGUCCUCCUCUCCCACUGGAGGGACUUACACAAACUGUCCUCCUCUCCCACUGGAGGGACUUACACAAACUCUCCUUCUCUUCCACUGGAGGGACUUACACAAACUGUCCUCCUCUCCCACUGGAGGGACUUACACAAACUGUCCUCCUCUCCCACUGGAGGGACUUACACAAACUGUCCUCUUCUCCCACUGGAGGGACUUACACAAACUCUCCUUCUCUCCCACUGGAGGGACUUACACAAACUCUCCUCCUCUCCCACUGACUUGCAACACUGUAAAUACAUACGUACUGUACAUUCUGCCCUGAUAUUCCUCUGUCUAAUAUGUGAAUACUUCCGUACAUCUGUGAAUGUCCAUUUCUGUCAACUGUCUUGUUACUGCUUCAUUCGCUAUGAGAUCUACAGUCAUGUGAUAAAGUAAGUCCACCCUCAUAUUUGGAGCUAAAUUCACACCACAUUCAUUGAUAAAGGUAACCCAAUUGAACAAAUAACCCCCCCCCCCAAAAAAUAAAGAUUGUACUACAUAAAUGUUAUGCAAUUAAAAUAAAUUAUAUUUUCUUAUGUGGCAAAAGU